CUAAAGCCAUAAGGGAGCCUCUUGGUGUAUUUACGGAGGAAACUCGAAGACCGUGCUGUUUUUAUCAUCAACCUUCUCAAGGAAGCUUUCCGAUUGGCGACGCGUAAGCGAACUACAGGCAACCAUGGCUUCGUCAACACUCACCCUGUAUGGGCUCGGGAUGGUUGCGUUCGUCGUUAUCGCCUGCAGUGCAGAAGAGCGAAUCCCAGUGCUUGGUGGCUGGCAGAAGCACAACGCGGAAGACAAUGCCAUCGACGACGAGCUGGCCCACUUUGCUGUCUCCAAGCAGGUGGCAAACCGGCAGUUUUUCGACACCGUGCUUGAGAUUGUCGAUGUUGAGAGCCAAAUCUAUGUCACCCUUUCACUGAAUUCAGCAUACGGAAUCGACUUGCCUCAUUCCGGGAGUUCACAGCAAGGCAACAGGUGUGCCCAAGUCCAGAGAGACUGUAGCUGGUACAAACUACAGGAUCAAGUUCAAGAUUACGGAAUCGACUUGCCCCAUUCCAGGAGUUUACAGCAAGGCAACAUGUGUGCCCAAGUCCAAAGAGAUCAUCAAGGACGUAUGCACUGCUGCAAUCACUGAUGUUCCCUGGACAAAGGUGCGCGAACUGACCUCAUUCACCUGCGAAGGAUCAACUGGCUCCCCCUAAGUCUUGAUAGUCUUUCUGAUUCUUCAGACUGCACUUUAAGGCGUUACAAUUUGCACUGUUAUUUACCACAGGACCUCAAAAAAGAACAUUUAUUGACUGCAGUCACCAACUCAAUGAACUUGCUUUAUUGUUCAUCAA